UGCAGCCUUUGGGAUGGGCAGUGGUUUCCCCUCCUGCCUUGGCCCAUCUCCUCGUACAGAGGUGGCCCUUGGCUGUGCCAGCAGAGCCUGGAUUUGCUCUGUGAUGGGGACAGGUAUCUACACCAGCAGCCCCCAAAACCAGGCACCCAAAACACAGAGCUAAGCCAACAGCUCAGACCCACAGAGCUCAAUCCAGUCUUCCCCCAGUGACCUCCUCAAUGUCAGUGGGGCAGAACUGGGCAAUCCCCAGUCCCCAAAUCUUCCCAUGGGGUCCUCCAGGCACUCAGGGACUCCCCAAAGCCUGUGAUACACUGUGGACCCCAGAACGGCUCCAUUUCCACAUCAGUCACCCAAAACGGCCGCUCCCAAACUCCUCACUGCUUCUCCCACCUCUGCUCCCCUUCCCAAGGACUCCCCACCCCAUCCUUCCUCCCCCCAACUCCUUAAACAAUAUUAAACACUUAAUGGCAAUUAAUACGCUUUAAUGCAGGUUUUGGGGCCAACUGGCUGCUUAGAGGGUGCUUAAACCAUCAACCCCUCUCAAUCCCGUUGCCCUUGUCACACAAAGUUAGCCGAGCCCCUCAUCAGGCCCCCCCCGUGCUCCCUCGAGGGGGCCCAAGGGUAUAAAACCUCCCUGGCCCGCGGGCACCGCCAGCCCCCGGCGCGGCACAGCCACCACCUCCCGUCCCCUCGGCUCCUGCCGCCCCUGACCCGCUCGUUUUUGGGAACCGGGGGGAAUCCUCUAUUUGGGUGGGUUUUUUCCGCAUUGGGGGUUGGGGCAGGGGCUUUUUUCUCUCGUUAAUUGGGGUCGAAGCAAAAUUAUUUAGAGAAAGCCCCAAAGGGAGAGCGGCUCGCGCAGGGUGGGCAGGAUGAACGGGACGGAGGGUGUCAACUUUUACGUGCCUAUGUCCAACAAGACGGGGGUGGUGCGGAGCCCCUUCGAGUACCCCCAGUACUACCUGGCCGAGCCCUGGAAAUACCGCAUCGUCUGCGUCUACAUCUUCUUCCUCAUCUCCACCGGCUUCCCCAUCAACUUCCUCACCCUCCUGGUCACCUUCAAACACAAGAAGCUCCGGCAGCCGCUCAACUACAUCUUGGUCAACCUGGCGGUGGCCGAUCUCUUCAUGGCCUGUUUUGGCUUCACCGUCACGUUCACCACCGCCUGGAACGGCUACUUCAUCUUCGGCCCCACCGGCUGUGCCGUGGAGGGCUUCUUCGCCACGCUGGGAGGCGAGGUUGCCCUGUGGUCCCUGGUGGUCUUGGCCAUCGAGCGUUACAUCGUCAUCUGCAAACCCAUGGGCAACUUCCGCUUCUCCUCCACCCACGCCAUGCUGGGCAUCGUUUUCACCUGGGUAAUGGCCCUGUCCUGCGCUGCCCCUCCCCUCUUCGGCUGGUCCAGGUACAUACCAGAGGGGAUGCAGUGUUCCUGCGGGCCCGACUACUACACCCACAACCCCGAAUUCCACAACGAGUCCUUCGUCCUCUACAUGUUCGUCGUCCACUUCUUCAUCCCCGUCAUCAUCAUUUUCGCCUCCUACGGGCGCCUCGUUUGCAAAGUCCGAGAGGCAGCUGCCCAGCAGCAGGAAUCAGCCACGACCCAGAAGGCAGAGAAGGAGGUGACACGGAUGGUGAUCCUCAUGGUGAUGGGUUUCAUGAUGGCCUGGACGCCCUACGCCGUGGUGGCUUUCUGGAUCUUCUCCAACAAGGGAGCGGAAUUCACGGCCACGCUGAUGGCAGUGCCUGCUUUCUUCUCCAAGAGCUCCUCCCUCUACAACCCCAUCAUCUACGUCCUCAUGAACAAACAGUUCCGUAAUUGCAUGAUCACCACGAUCUGCUGCGGCAAGAACCCCUUUGGGGACGACGAAACCUCCUCCGCCGUAUCCCAGAGCAAAACCGAGGUCUCCUCCGUCUCCUCCAGCCAAGUAUCGCCCGCAUAGACCAUGGACAGUUUGAACUGGUUUGACCUGCCGAGCUCGGGGAUCCAAACAAACGGCCACACCCCCCCUCGUGCCCCUCCCCUGCACAAGAAUUUGGCUGUGCACGUCCUGCCGUAGUGACCCCCCGUGCAGCCCCCACCCCUGCACCCCCGGGGCACUUUGAGCUCCCCCCACUGACACAGAGGGACCCCCGGGCCCUGCCCCAGCUCCCAGGACACUUUAGGGGACUGUCCCCACCUGCCCCCAGCCCAGCACCCCCUGCUUGGUUCAAAUUGUGUUCAAAGAGAGAAACCCCAAACUGCAACAUUGUCCUCCCUGAGACGUGCUCCCCACCAGCUCCCCCUUCCCUGGGCUCCAGGGAGCGCCACGGGAGCAUCCAGAACCCAAAGCAUCCUGACCAAGCACCAUUGGAAGCCCCUGGG